UUCCGCCUUGCCGCCUUGCCCUCGCAUUUCCGCACAGCGACUUGGGUCCAGUCAAGCUGCGAAGUUGGAUUUGCGACACGGCGAUUCCAUAAAGAACUUUGCGCCGUUUUCCAUUCGCCAUUGGCUACGCUUCAGCCCAGCCCCAUCCCACCUCUCGAGGCUUUUACCUCUACAUCGCAUUUCCGUUCAUCACCAUGCGACGAGCGAAUCCCCGGCAGGUUGGCUUUAUAUGCCAGUCCUGUGCUUCAUUGCCGGCCCAAGCAUCAAGGCAACCUUUUCCAAGCCGCAUUCUACUCUCCGCUCCCCGCCAAGUUGUUCAAAGCUCGGUCUGGAGAUCAACACCGGCGAGAUGGACCGCAUCAGUGUCAGCCUCAAAGGCCGCUGCAGACGCCGAAACAGAAGCAGACGGGAAGGCAGGACCAGUAGCACAGCGGGCCGUGACGGACGCCUUGCAAUUGGCGAAUAUGGCGGAGGAUAGCGUCAACAAGUUCCUCUCCGUCGACGGCAUCCCGGCGAAGCAACUUACAGCCGCUGCUCUGCAGUCAUGUCUACGAGCGGCCGCUGCGCUUCAUCCCCAAUUGAAGCGGGCAGAGGCGCAAUAUAGGGCCUCAGCAUCGAAACUCGUUUCUUUGGGAGCCGAGCGGACAGGCGCGAGGAUACCCGUUGAUGCCAAGCUGAUGGAGGCGACUCUUCGAAUCUCCCACGCGGCAUAUGCCAUUAUUGCAAGCCCGAAUGUUGAGAUGACACCGGAAUUCCUGGAGCUCUAUGUCGCCAUUCAAGCACAACUCGGCCAGCCAGAGUCUCUGCCUGCUGUCUUUGAGAUGUACGCACACAAGCCAAAGCCUGUUGUCAAGGAUGGCCAAAUUGCGUACGUGAAGCAGAAUCCCAAUGCGGCCGCCCGAGCUAUAGAGCCCGCAAUCGCAGAUAUGGCUCUGCAGACUGCAAUUGAUGCCAAGAGUCUAGAUUCAGCUCUUGGAGUCAUUGAGUCUUCAUACUCCCUUCCUGCUUUUAAGCGCCAGAAGUUGAUCAAGCACGGCACGGCACCUGCGCUCGGUCUCGUCACCCUUCCGUUUGGCAUCUUUGGUCUAUCAACGGCCUAUGCCGCCUACUGGCAAAACACCAUGGACAUCAGCACUGCUACGGGGAUUGGCUUUGCCGGUAUCUCGGGCUACUUCCUUGUAGUUGGCUCUCUCGGUAUGAUUGCCAAGCUGAGCAACAAGGACCAGAUGAAGAGAGUUACAUGGACACCGGGAACGCCGCUACGGUAUCGAUGGCUAAGGGAGGAGGAGAGAGCCGCUCUGGAUAAGGUGGCAUGUGCAUGGGGCUUCAAGGAGCCUUGGAGACACGGCGAGGAGAUGGGUCCUGAGUGGGAGGGCCUCAAGGAGUACAUGGGAUAUAGGCAGAUGCUGCUUGACAGAGUCGAGUUUAUGGAGGGCAUGAGCUGAUGGCGUUGUAGACUACCCUAUAAAAGAAGCUGUAAUAUAAAUCCUACUCGAAGAUUUGAAUGAAUGGCUGCU